UCAGGAUGAAUGAUCACAUGAAGACUCAGCUGGUGAGCGCCAUCCAUCUGCAGGAGGUGGAACUGCAGGAGAAGCCUCCAGAGGACCAGCAGGGUACAAAGAGCUGCAGCGAUGAUGAUCAGACAUUCACGGUUGAAGAUGCUGUUGAAACCAUUGGCUUCGGUCGUUUCCACAUCCUCCUCUUCCUCAUCAUGGGGAGCUCGAAUAUUGUGGAGGCGAUGGAGAUCAUGCUGUUGGCCAUCGUUUCUCCUGAGAUUCGUUGUGAGUGGCGUCUGGAUGACUGGCAGGUGGCGCUCGUCUCUACUAUGGUGUUUCUUGGUUUCAUGGUUUGUGGCGUUCUCAGUGGAUACAUCUCCGACAGAUACGGACGCUGGAAGGUGGUGUUCGGAGGCUUCGUGUGGAGCGCCUACUUCUCCCUCCUCACCUCCUUUGCUCCAUCGUACGGUUGGUUCAUCUUCCUGCGCAGCAUGGUCGGCUGCGGUGUCGCAGGAGUGUCACAGGGGUUCGUGCUGAAGAUGGAGUUUAUACCAGCGAAGUAUCGAGCAUACCUGCUGCCUUUGGCCUCCAUCUUCUGGAUGACGGGCUCCAUGCUCAUCAUCAUCCUGGGCAUGUUGGUGGUUCCGACUCUGGGCUGGAGGUGGAUGAUCAGAAUGUCUGUGGCUCCGAGCGUCAUCCUCAUCUUCCUCUUCAAGUUUAUACCAGAAUCAGCUCGUUACAACGUGUCGGCAGGAAACGUCCAGGCUGCCGUUAAAACUCUGCAGUGGAUCGCCAAAAUGAACCGUGCAUCACUUCCUCCAGGACGACUGGUUGAGACGGCUGAGGUAGAACGAGGUAGUUGGAAGAUUCUGGUCAGUUCUUCUUACAGGAGAACGUCUUUACUCCUGUGGUAUUCUUGGUUUGUGGCGUCGUUUGCGUACUACGGUUCGGUGCUGAGCAGUUCGGAGCUGUUGGAAAAAAAUUUAUUGUGUGUGACGGACGCUGACCAGGAACAUCAGGUCAAACACCGCCAAGAGGACGGACUGUGUUACUGCAUCCCCUUUGGACUCAGAGACUACCAGACUCUGCUCAUCAGCUGUUUGGGAGAGGUUGCAUUGAUCCCGUUAAACAUCUGUCUGCUGAAUGUGGUUGGACGGAGAAAGACUCUGACGGUGCUGCAGCUGCUGGCAGCCAUUUUGUUCAUGAUGGUCAACAUCUGCACCACCAUGUUUGGCUUCACAGUGCUGCUGUUCCUGUUGCGGUCUCUGGUCUCUAUGAACUUUAAUGUGAUUUACAUCUACACGGCUGAGGUGUAUCCGACUGUGGCUCGGUCUCUGGGGAUGGGUUUCUGCACGUCGUUCAGUCGGAUCGGAGGAAUGCUCGCGCCAUUUAUGGCUCAGGUUUUGAUGUCUCAGUCAGUGAUUCUGGCACUCAGUCCGUUUGCUGUGACAUGUGUCAUCUGUGCUGUGGGAAACUUUCUGCUGCCGAUUGAAACUAAAGGACGAGCUCUGCUGCAAAACUCUUGAUGACGUCUG